AUGAACAUUGAUCGAAGCGCACCACCAUCCGAUCCAGCAAGGAUAGCAUCUCCAAAAGCCAAUCUUUCCUAUCGCGCAAGUCCUUUGCCGCCUCCAACCGCUACUUCAGACAACCCAUCUGCUGCGACGGCAGCCCUAUCUAACACCACAAGUACAGCCGCAUCUGCUGCGUCACUCUCGGCCAUGGCUACACCUAGUUUUGUCAAUCCUAGCCUUCGAUCUAUGGCAUCACCGUAUUCUCACCCCCAGAUGUCGCGCGAUAUCCACAGAUAUACUCCGGCACCAAUAGGCUUCUCCUCCCCGGUUGAAGUCUUGAUUCGAAAUCUGCCGCUAGAAACCUCCACGGAGUCGUUGCGGUUCAUGCUGGUUUGGUCGCAAGAUCUCGUCGAUGUCGAACUACUUGCUGUGGACCCUACAGAGCCACACUAUCGUACAGCAUCGCUCAAAUUCCGAAGCAGGGCAGGCGCUGAGGUUGCCAAGCAGCUACUACAUGGGUGCGGGAACACUUCCAAUGGUGCGCCUCUGGAAGUCGAAAUUCUCAGCGACGAGCCUACAGAACCUGUUCGCAGCGGCUUUCAAUCACUGGAGAACAUCUCCCCUCACACAACCAAUGUUUAUCCUAGGCACGACCUUCCUCAGAGUGAGGGCAACUUGCAACAGAUUUUCUCUCCACAUUCUCCCAUCGGCAAUCACCUGAACGAGCCUGGCAGGGUGACAGGCAAGAGCCUUAUCGCCAAUGAUGAUAAUGAUGACACCCUCAAUCUCGUUGGAGACGCGCUUCCCUACAACGAUACACCGCGCAGGGCCACAGUUCCUAGUGUUCCCAUCAACGGGAUGGCUUCUCUUUCACUCAACACCAACAUGGCCCCUUCCGCUCCUUCGUCUCUACCUCAAUACGGCAGCGCAAUGUCAGCACAGUCUGGUCCCAUGUCUCCGUCGGGCAAGGGCCAUUUUGGGUACCAGGCUCCAAACCAAUCACCAUACGGACGUAUGAACUAUCCGCACGCCAACACGGCUGACCAGAACCCCCCUUGCAACACUCUGUAUGUUGGUAACCUUCCCAUGGACACGGCCGAAGAAGAACUCAAGACUCUCUUCUCCAAGCAGCGGGGCUACAAACGUCUUUGUUUCCGCACGAAAGGAAAUGGGCCCAUGUGCUUUGUCGAAUUCGAAGACAUCCCAUUCGCUUCCAAGGCACUGACGGAACUCUAUGGGAAACUGUUGUCCAACAGCAACAAGGGCGGAAUUCGACUCAGCUUCUCUAAGAAUCCCCUGGGUGUACGAGCUGGCCAGAAUCCUGCUCACGCAAACCAAGGUGCACUGGGUCAAAUGAACGGCAACCUCGCCGCCUCUAUGAACGCUUUCGGGUCCGCCAACCGCCCAGCUCCUGGACCGCCUCCUGGGCUUCCCCAGCCCAUGCCCGGAAACGGCCGAGGCCCCUUUCAUGGAGGGGCCUCGAUGAACCCUAGCCCCGCUGGCACUUUCAGUGGUUUCACACAUCAAGCCUGGCCUGUUACCACGUUCAACAACCAUGCUAUGCCAUCGCCUCACAGUGCCCAUGCUCAAUCAGCAGGCUUCAGUCCAGCUUAUGGUCUGGGAAACUAA